UUCGUGCGACAAAAGAGAUCACGGUGAUAGCGAAGACGGCGACGGAGGCAACGGCGAUCUCCACGGCAAAUCUCAGGUACUUCUUUAGUUCUUCUCUUCUCUCCGUCCAACCUAUUGAGAUUGCCUCUCUUACCGCAUCCGCCGGCAUCGCGUGAUUGCUGCCGCUCGCACGACCAACUCGCACCCCCUGCUCUUGCCCUACUGCUAUGCCGCACGAUGCUUUGGCCACGGCUCCUGCUGUGCACAUGGCCAUGGGAGACUCCUGCUGUGCACAGGAAUUCAGUGUCCAUAGGCUGAUUGUCCACUUUCAGCCAUAAGACCAAAGCCUACACAUGAGCGAAAGAGAUACAUUCCAAUCUUUUUUCCUCGUAGCAAGACAUAUUCUUGGACAGAUAUGCUACUUGUUUGUUCCAUCAAUGAAUUACCAGAAUCACUUGUUCGUGGUACCCAUCGGAAAUGGAGAAAGCUGGUGAAGGAUUUGACUAUUCCGCGUCGACAUGUCAUGCAAAAGCUUGCUGUAACAAUGCUAAAUAUUAUUGAUCAUCUGCAUAUAGAGGUUGUGAUUGAGAAUGUCCGGAAAGCUGCCUUCUGGAAAGAAUUUGCCAGAGAAGUUUCUCAGUGUAGAGAUUAUCCUGAUUUUGGAAGAAUGCUUUUGAUGCUUCAAACUAUGAUUCUCCCUUGUUAUAUAGAUAAUACUUGGCUUCUGAAUAAUUUGUCUACCUGGAAAGAUAAAUGUCAGAAUGCACAAAGUGCUGGCUCUAUUGAAACACUCAUAGAGGAGUUGAUGGAUUCAAUAUUCUGGGUGAAAAUUAAUGAGCUGUGGAAUGCACCAAUGCAGCCUGAGUUAGGUCUUGAAUGGAAAACUUGGAGACAAGAUGCCAUGAAAUUGUUCUUUUCCUGUCCAUCGACUUAUGUUUAUGGAAACACAGGUCCAAACAAUGUGAGCGGUUCUUUGGUUGUGGGAAAUGAAGCUAGUGGGAGGUACUCAAAACUUGAAAUUUGCAAAGCAGAAAUAUGUGCUACUCCCAAACUCUCUCAGAACAAUGUGAUAGAAGUUGAUUUCAAAAGUUACCAAGAAUCUAUAAAAUCUCAGCCUCCAUGUAAGUCAUAUAAGGUUGAAGAACUAAAUACGGUGGCUGGGUCAUCAGAAUCUCAAUCCUUGGCCAAGACAUGCAAUUGGUUUGUAGAUGAUGGUAGCGAUGUAAAGCUAAUUCAAUCAUCACAAGGGGAUAUUUUUCCAAAAACAGUAAGAGAAAACAGAGUCUUGCUGUACACUCAAAAUGAAUUAGAAGGAUUCUGAUGAAGAGGGAUUAUAGAAGUUAUCUCUAGAUCACGAGGAGUUGUUAUUUAGACUUUCUUUUGUGUAACUUUCAUGGGAAUAGUUGUUUUUUUUGUUAUCAAAUUAAUGAUAGAUAUGUAGAUAUUUCUAUUAUUAGAUGAAUGUUGAAUGCACUUCAAUUAAUGAUUAUAGAAUUUUA